ACUGUUAGAAAUCAUUACCGUUAUUAUUAAUUGUACAUUACUUUUACAGCAGGAUUUUACUGUUAUGGUUUUAUUGUUACAAUUGGCUAAUGUGGAGCUAAAUUUGAGCUAUUCCGUUUAUUAAGUAUGUAGGAGCCAAAUGCAAUGUUAUGGGGAAGCAUGGUGACUCUGUAUUUGUUGUGGGUACCAUAGGGGGCGCUGUGGUCAUUCAGGCCAUAAAAGGGUAUAUAUGUAAUGGGAAAUCUGGGGCCAUCAGGUGUUGUGUGACCCCGGAAGGGCAAACGGUUUUUGACCGCUGGGGCACAGGUGUUGUAUGUUGGAGGAUGAAUGGACACAUUUUAUUGUUGCACCGACAAUAAACCUCGUAUGAUGGAACAGUCAGUGGAGACGUGUGGACUCAUUCCUGAUCUAGUUGACAAGGAAGCCCUCAACAUGCAGAUAAGACAAAAGAAGAAACAAGAAGAGGCAGCAAAAGAGGAACAAAAUGCUUAUGAUGCAGAAAUGCUUCAUAAUAGCAAAACAGCUGGCCUUCUCCAUAGAAGACAAGUGAAGGAGAAGCAUGCGAUGGAAAGGGCUAUCGUUGACUACCGGCAUCAGAACCAGCAGCCUUGGAAGCAGAGAGAGUAUGACCUGAAUGACCCAGACCGCUGUAGAAAAACAGAACGAGGCGAUACACAGAUGAUGCCCCCUGGCCUGGUGGGCGAGGACCCGGACAGUAAGGUCAGACAGCAGAGACAGAAGGAGCAGCUCAGGGAGUGGCUCAUCCAGCAGCAGGGUGAGCGAGCAGCAGAAAGGCAUCAACGAAAGCUGGAAGAGCAACUCUAUGACCAAAGAAGAGUAGAAAUGAACAACCAAUGUCUACAGCUUCAGAACCUUGAGCUGGAGAGGAGAAGAGCAGAAGCUGUCGCCACUCGAGAGUACAAUCUGGCCAAGAUUGAAGAGAAGCGACAGCAAGGACAGCUGGAAGAUUUAGUGAAUGAACCCACUCCGGACAUGGUGGGAGGGCCCAUUUUCUGUCCCGGCAGUGAUAGGAGAGCCCCUCCGGAGAGCCUGCAGCACACUGUCCAGUUCCAGAAAUAUCAAAUAGAGGAGAAAAAGAGGAUGGAAUUAGAGAAAAAACAAGAAGAGGAGCAACUCGAUCGUAUCCGCAGGGACUCGGCUCGUACAGCUUUGUUGAUAGAGAGACAGCAGGCAAGACUCAACAAGCAGCUGAGACAACACCUGGACAGCACCAACAACAAACUGGCACAGGCACAGAAAGAACAGAAAGCAGACAUUGAAAGAGGACGUAUUGACGACAGCUUCUUCUCCAAAUUCAACACCUGCAGCAGAUGACAGAUGGAUGACAGGCUGCGCUGAUGACUGGCUCAUUACAGUGGCUCAGUACUGAUAGUGAUGCUACAUGAGAAGAACACCGAAGAAACUGAAGCACACAGUAAAUCAACAGUUGGUUCUAACUGUCAAAUUCAAGUUCAGCAGCUCUCAACACUUAAAUCUGUCUGGAUGACACUGACAGUUGUUCAUAUGAAGCUCGGCUAAUGCUUCCAAAAAUACCUUAAAGCAAAUAUGAUCCACUUGUUUUGAGUUUUUGACUUUUAGAUUAAAAUGUCAGCUUCUGUUCA